GGUGCGUGCUGUGUGCUGCUGGGGGACGCCCUCCGCCGGAGGAGGAUGAACGGGACGCGGAACUGGUGUACCCUGGUGGACUUGCAGCCGGAGGGCCAGCCCACGGCGGCCCGGAAGACUUAUGCCAUGGUGUCCAGCCACUCAACUGGUCAUUCUCUGGCCUCAGAACUGAUCGAAUCCAACGAUGGACAUGAGGAGAUCAUUAAGGUGUACUUGAAGGGACGGUCUGGGGAUAAGAUGAUCCACGAGAAGAACAUUAAUCAGCUCAAGAGUGAGGUCCAGUAUAUCCAGGAGGCCAGAAACUGUCUGCAAAAGCUCCGGGAGGAUAUCAGCAGCAAGCUUGACAGAGAUCCAGGAGGCCCUUCCCAGCGGCAGGAGAUACAGGUGGUGUUAGAAAAACCCCAUGGCUGGAGUCAGAGUGCCUCGGCCCCGUACGAGAGCCCUCUGCAGGCGGACACCUACGCAAACGAAGAUGCUGAGAGCUUAAGGCAGACCGUGCGGGACUUGCUUGCCAAGCUGCAGGAGGCUGAGCGGCAACACCAGUCGGACCGUGUGGCUUUUGAGGUCACGCUGAGCCGGUACCAGCGAGAAGCAGAACAGAGUAACAUGGCCCUCCAGAGAGAGGAGGGCAGAGUGGAGCAGAAAGAGGCUGAAGUCGUAGAGCUGCAGAGGCGCCUGCUGGGAAUGGAGACGGAGCACCAGGCUUUGCUGGCAAAAGUCAGGGAAGGGGAAGUGGCCCUAGAGGAACUCCAGAGCAAGAACGCAGACUGCCAGAUGGAAAGAGACAAGGUUGCCACCCUGGAAAAGGAAGUAGCUGGCUUGCGGGAGAAGAUCCACCACCUGGAUGACAUGCUCAAGAGCCAGCAGCGGAAGGUCCGGCAGAUGAUAGAGCAGCUCCAGAAUUCAAAAUCUGUGAUCCAGUCCAAGGAUGCCACCAUCCAAGAGCUGAAGGAGAAAGUCGCGUAUCUGGAGGCAGAGAAUUUAGAGAUGCACGACCGGAUGGAACACCUGAUAGAAAAACAAAUCAGUCACAGCAACUUCAGCACUCAGACCCGAGCCAAGACGGAGAACCUGGGCAGUGUCAGGAUAUCCAAGCCGCCCAGCCCCAAGCCCAUGCCACUCAUUCGUGUUGUGGAAACCUGAGCUGCCAGGAAGAUGGACAUCGCCAGCCAGCCAUUGCUGCUGCCACCUCUCACCUGUGAACAGGCCCACCACCCCUGUAGGCUGUUGGCAUUGACUCUGACUUUGUCACCGUUCCCUGGCUUGCAACCCCAGGGCUUGGAGCUCGUGUGUCCCACCUGUGCCAAGCGCUGGCCUCUGUUUGCUGGGCAGACAGAGCACGGGUGCCUCCCCUGGAUGCUGUCUGCAGCCCUUUGGAAGACUGUGGCUGCCAGCAGGAGCCAGGGCAGCAUCCUCAUCCCCAGAGUUCUUGUUCAGCCCUGUAGCAGAGCCUCCCUUCUGGUAUUUAGGGGAGCUGGGCCACCCCAGAGGCAGGUCCUCCUUGGAGCAGCCAAACCAGUGACGGUGUUGAAGAUUGGCUCAGCCCUGAAUACUGGAGGAACAGAGGCCAGGGUGAUUGCAGUGUGCCCUAGGGGAACGAAGUUCCUUCUGCAGACACCUGGGUUCUUAGCAGCAAACUCUGUUUUUCCUCCUCACUCUACGCUUGGUGCAGGCCAGGGGCUGACCUGGGCCUCAUACAGACUGCCAGGAAGGCUCCCUGUGGAGGUCUGGCCAGCUGCUGAACCUGAACUUUGCACAGCCUUGUCACUCUGGGGAAAGGGUCUAGCAGAAAAGACUGGCUAGGGCCAUGCACAGUCGGGGGCAUGAGUUCUCUGUUGCGGAAACUUGCAGUCUUGUAGGGUUUUUCUCCUAAGGUGUGCCACCAGAGCCUAAAACCUUUUCUUUGGGUCUUAUAAGUCCCAGGAAAAAAAAAAAGGCAAAAAGCCCCAAAGCCAACAACCCCACUGUAUUUAUUUUUGCUAAGUUAUUGGUGUUUCUGCUCUCAUCUUGUGGUUGUUUCAUGCGAGAGUGCCACAGCCUUCUCUGGUGGAGUUUGGGUUGGCUUGAAGCUGGGAAAAGCGUGUUUGUGGAACCUGUUGGUAGCAGAACACUUUUGGUUUUUUCCCCUCCUUGUCUUCAACAUGCUGCUUUCCCCUUCUCUGAAUUUGACUUGUCCCUCAAAAAGGUGCAGUGCUCUGGGCACCAGGGUCUGCGUGCGUCAUGUCUGGGGGACAAGGGCAGUCAGGACUACCUUAGGGUGGAGUCAGAUCCAACCCCCCCCCCCAAACACACCUCCCAAGAGCUCUCUCCAGCUUUAUCCUGGUUCUGCAGCCCCCAAGAGGCGGAUCAGCACAGAGUGCUAUACCAGAGGAAGCAGGAAGUUCAAAGUCAGCCGUGGGUUAUGUCCUCAGGCCGCGUGCACCCUUGCCUCGGGUCAAGCUCACUUUCUCCACACUGAGGAGUGGUCCCCACCUCUAUUAAAUGAAGCUGUCAGUUCAGACACUUCCAUGUCCCUCCCACUUCUCAUGUGGGCUUUUUUUUUCCCCCUCUCCCACCUAUUCUUAGGUCAAUUUAAUAAAUUAUGAUGAUGCGGCUCUUGGACCACCCAUCCUGGUUUCCUUUGGCUUUUGGGGGGAG